CAGCCAACAACCUUCUCGCAUUCGUGUUUGUACUGGCACUUGUUUAUCCCUCAAGCAGGUCGGGGAUUCCUUCACCCACCGAGAGAUUUCUUUCCACAUCUGUAGAGACCUUGAAAUUUCAGCGCUGGAAAUGGCCAACUCAGAGGGUGAUAAACUGUGGGGAGGAAGGUUUGUCGGAGCCAUGGAUCCAAUGAUGGAGAAGUUUAAUGAGUCUGUUUCUUACGAUCAACGCAUGUGGGCUGCAGAUAUACAAGGAAGCAAGGCCUAUGCCAAGGCUUUGGAGAAGGCCGGGCUGCUAACAAAGUCGGAAAUGGAUCAAAUCCUAAAUGGAAUGGACAAGAUUCAUGAAGAAUGGAGCAAAGGGACUUUCCUGAUCAAAGACGGAGACGAGGACAUUCACACUUCUCAUGAACGGAGACUGAAGGAACUGAUUGGACAAACUGGGGGGAAAUUACAUGCUGGUCGCAGCAGAAAUGAUCAGAUGCCGACUGAUGUGAGAAUAUGGCUACGAGAUCACAUUUCUGAUGUGUCGGGCCACCUGAACCAGUUGAUUAAGACAAUGGUGGAGAGGGCGGCUAGGGAGAUUGACAUCCUUUUUCCUGGUUACACUCACCUGCAGAGGGCCCAGCCAAUUCGAUGGAGCCACUGGAUGCUGAGCCACGCUGUAGCCCUGUCACGUGAUGCUGAGAGACUGGAUGAAAUCAGGAGAAGAACCAACGUGCUGCCUUUGGGAAGUGGCGCCAUCGCUGGGAACCCUUUUAAGGUCGACAGAGAAUUCCUUCGUAAAGAACUGCAGUUUGAUGCCAUUAGUUUGAACAGUGUGGACGCAACUACUGAGCGAGAUUUUAUUGCUGAGAUCCUGUUCUGGUGUUCCCUGUGCCUGAUUCAUCUGAGUAAGAUCUCUGAGGAUCUAAUUAUUUACUGCACCAAGGAGUUUGGAUUUGUAACGCUGUCUGAUGCCUACAGCACAGGGAGCAGCCUGAUGCCCCAGAAGAAGAACCCUGACAGUUUGGAACUGAUUCGAAGCAAGGCUGGCCGUGUGUUUGGGAGGUGCUCAGGGUUUUUAAUGACUUUGAAAGGACUGCCAAGCGCGUACAAUAAGGACCUGCAGGAGGGUAAGGAGGCAGUGUUUGAAAGCAUCGACACCAUCAUUGGGGUACUGCCGGUGGCAAUGGGCGUAAUCUCUACACUACAGGUGAAUGAAAAAGCCAUGAAGAAUGCUCUGAGCCCGGAUAUGCUGGCUACAGACCUAGCCUACUACUUGGUUCGAAAGAAGAUGCCAUUUAGAGAAGCCCACGGUGCCUCAGGAAGAGCGGUUCAUUUGGCAGAGUCCAAGGGUGUUGAAGUCAGUCAACUCUCCCUGGAUGAAUUGAAAACUAUUAGCCCGCUGUUUGAGAGCGACGUAUCAAAGGUGUGGAACUACACCAACAGCGUGGAGCAGUACACAGCGGCCGGAGGCACCACUCGCUGCAGCGUGAUGUCCCAGAUCGAGCAACUGAGAGCCUGGCUGAACGGAAGACAGAGCACUUAAGACCUUCACCCUCUUCAACACUAUUAACAGAUUCUUUGGACAUCCAUGUGAUUUACCCUUAGGUGUACACAACUGUGUUGUUGAUCGUUGGAUUGUGUUACCAUUUGGGAAAUAGUAUUGAUCUGCUAAAUAUUCAUGAGUUUUUAAUGAGCCUUGAAAUCUGUGACUGUGUUAAGCAAUGACAAUUUACAUGGUAAUUAAGCUUGAACGAACAUUUACAUUGUAAUUGAUUGCUGCUUUGAUAGACUGCCCCACUGGACUGUAUCCAGGUGUAACGCUUACCUGAAAUAAACCUUAACAAUAAAUCAAUGGAGUACAUGUUGGA